AUGAGUGGAUGGAACACGAUCGAGUCCGACGCAGGUGUCUUCACCUACCUCCUCGAGAACCUCGGCGUCAAAGGCGUCCAGUUUGAGGAGCUCCUGACGCUCUCCCCCGACGAGCUGGCCCCUCUCCAGCCCGUCUACGGCAUCAUCUUCCUCUUCCGCUACCCAUCCGAAGGCCUGCCCGCGCGUGCGCCCGAAUCCUUCGACCGCGAUGCCGCCGAACAAAUCUUCUUUGCCCAGCAAACCAUCCAGAACGCCUGCGGCACGCAAGCCCUCCUGAGCGUCGUCCUCAACAAGACGGCCGACGUCGAGAUUGGCGACAAGCUCACAGAGUUCCGCGACUUCACCAUGGUGCUGCCGCCCGAGUUCCGCGGCGAGGCCCUCAGCAACUCGGACCUCAUCCGCGACGUCCACAACAGCUUCGCCAAGAGCAGUCCCUUCGUCGACGAGACGCAAAAGACGGGCGAGGCCGAGGACGCCUUCCACUUCAUCGCAUACACCCCCAUCAACGGCAAGCUGUAUGAGCUCGACGGCCUGCAGCCCGCCCCCAUCUCCCACGGCCCCUGCGACACCGAUAAUUUCCCCGCCAAGGUCAUGCAGAUCCUGCAGGAGCGCGUCCUCACCUACGCCAGCUCCGAGAUCCGCUUCAACGUGCUCGCCAUGGUGCGCGACCCCCGCAUCGCCGCGCGCGAGAUUGGCGACGCCGAGACGCUCGAGCGCGAGAACGAGAAGCGCCGCAACUGGCGCUUCGAGAACGCCCUCCGCCGGCACAACUUUGUGGGCUUCGCGGGCGAGGUUCUCAAGGGCGUCGUCGCGCAAAAGAUUGACAAGGGCGAUGCCGAGUACGAUGCGUGGAUCAAGGAGGGUCUCGAGCGGAGGAAGCGGGACGAGGACGCCGUGAGACUGCGCCGGAAGAUGGGCGGCGGCGGUGAUGAGGACGAGGAGAUGAUGGGCUGA